GAUCAGGAACAUACACAUUUAUGUACAUAAUCCACACUAGGAACAGAAACAAACAGGAAAGCAGGGAAUCCACACGCACAAAGAGACUUUAAGAACCGACAAACACAUGGGUAACAGAACCAAACUUAAAUAACCAGGUUAAUCAGACGAGGACAGGUGAGAAUGAUUACACAAUGACAUCAUAAUUGAAAACGGAACAGGAAAGACCAAAUAAGGGCAUGCACAGGGAAAAACCAAAGAAACAGUCCACAGGGGUGUGACAGUUAUGAGUAUGACCUUUUUUUGGUAUUUUCUUUUGCUGUAUUGUGCUGCUCUCUUUCUCUCCUUCUCAUAGGCUGCAUUAUGCGGUGGUGUCGGCGUGUUAUUGGUCACUCUGUUAAGGCGGAGUCUUUUAGGAACACCGCUCGCAAGUAGUCAGGGAGCUCAUUGUUGGUGCAACUGUGAACGGGUUGGGAGCUCCUUGAUUUCUCUUGCCCUAUGCUCACGCGUAAAGGCAGCAUCUGGGGUGGAGGAGUGGACAGAGCGGGCGCGGGCGCAUCAGGCGCAAUCAUCAAACAUAUUUCAAAGGAAGCGGGUGCCACGGUCCUGACCGCAUUGCUGUCUUUACUAGAAUUCUCUGGAGAGCUGGUAAAGGCUGAGUUAGAGAUUGUCAAAGACAACUCUACAUUGAAUCCAGAAUUCGUCCAGCAGCUAAUUCCAUCUGUGGAGCGAACAGCUCUCCUUUAUCACCUGACGUUCCUGAGUCUGGGAGGAUUCCCAAAGCUGGAGCGUUUAAUCAGAGAUCAAGCUAUUGAAACGCAACUGCUGUUCGGAUCCUCCGAGGCCGUUCUUCUUAAGUGUGUCGCCACAAGUUCCAACCUGGUCACCUCCCUGUUUCCAAUAUUGAAAAAAGCUGUUGAGAAGAACAAACCCGUUUUGGCAGUGAGGUACCUGAUGAAAGCCAAAGAAUGGAUCAGUGACAUCAUAACAAAAGUGGAUGACAUGGUGAAGAGGUAUGAUAAACACAACCAAAGUCUGAAAUCAUGCACCAGUGACGUGUAUCAAGAACAAAAAGAAACUGAAGAAAAAAAAAAGAAACAAUCUGAUGAGAUAAACGGUCUGAAGGAUGCUAUUUCUAAGCUCGAAUUGGAUCUGAAACAAAUUGUUGAAAAAUUGAAUAUGAAUAAUGAACAAACUGAAAAAACAGUCAACGAGCUGAAUGACUUCCAUAGAAGAUUUGCGAACAAAUAUAGCCACUGGCCUGUGAUGUUCUUGACCUUUUUAAAGGCCAUCCAGAUGCUAUGGAACUGGAUAGAAAAUUGAAAGACCUCAACUCUGACAAGAGCCUUCUAAAAAAUGAAGAGUGGAAUAUCAAAAUCAAGCUGACUGAUCUUCAGCUGCAGCUGGCCAAUUGUAAAAUACGAUUGGGUGAGAUUCCUGACCCUGACCACCUGAAGGAAGUCCAGCUGUGUCUUUCUCAAAUCCAACAAAUUCUGAUUGAGCUUAAGAAGUUUUGGGAGAAGGUGGAUGUUAUUCUGCAGGGGCUGAAAGACAAAACCUUUGCUGGGGAUGAACUCGUUGGCAUGGAGGACAUGAAGGAGGAGUUUAUAAGCUCCAUUGAAGAUGCAGGACAGUACUUGAAGAGAUUUGGUAUGACCUGUCAGAGAGCUCAUGACAUCUUCAGUGUUGAGUCUAAAGAUGCAUAUAAAUUCCUGGAGAUCAAUCCGUCUUCACUUUCUGAGGAGGACAGGAAAAAUGAGUAUUUGUUGAUCACUGAGAAGCUGAAGAAUAUCAAUGAUAAGGGCUUGUCCGGAGCAGCCAUUACACCCAAGUGACACCCAGAUCUGAUGCUUCCUGAAUGCUCCUUACACAAAUCAAUAGCAUAGAGCUUCUCUUGUCAUUUUCGUAAUGCUUUGUAAUCUUUACAAUUGCUUUUGAACAUGUUCAAUUACAGUUCCACAUAUACAUGUUCUUUAAUAAGUUGAUGUUUGGAAUCAAUUUAUUAUCUCGCUUUCAAAAUCACUUUGCAUUUUUAAUUGCUUUUUAAUUGCUUUAUACAGAUCUUGUGGUCUGGUCACAUGAUUAAUGUCUAUGUCACACAAUAAAGAUAAAAGACAUGACAGA